CACACCAGAGUGUUUUAUCAAUGGGCGCUCCUGCAGUGGACUGGACUCCAAUGCCCACAACUCUUCCCGUGAUGAUGAUGACGCCGCCGCAGCCGCGCGCAACGCGUCUCACGCAACGCUCUGUGUUUUGGAGAAGAACGGAAGAUGGCGUCCUCAAACAAUCCGCGAAAAUUCAGCGAGAAAAUCGCCCUGCACAACCAGAAGCAGGCGGAGGAGACCGCGGCGUUUGAGGAGGUCAUGAAAGACCUGAGCAUCACGCGAGCUGCACGGCUGCAGUUACAGAAGACCCAGUAUUUGCAACUAGGCCAGAAUCGAGCUCAGUGCUAUGGAGGGUCACUGCCCAAUGUCAAUCAGAUUGGAAAUAGCAACACUGACCUCCCUUUUCAGACGACAGUUUUAGACACCAAUCGGACGUCCCGGCACCAUGGCUUGGUGGACCGCGUCUAUCGUGACCGGAAUCGCAUCGCUUCUCCACAUCGUAGACCUCUCUCUGUGGACAAGCACGGACGUCAGAUUGACAGCUGCCCUUAUGGCUCGGUAUAUCUGUCACCGCCUCCUGACACAAGUUGGCGGAGAACAAACUCUGACUCAGCUCUACACCAGAGCGCUGUGAAUCCAGCUCCACAGGACUCUUUUGUUGGUGGAUCUCAGGAACUGCAGUCAAAAGGCGUAAAGACAUUGCUGUUGCUCACCCCUCCGGACACAGAGGAUGCUGAAUCAGAAAUGGAGAAAGAUGAUUCCAAGACAUCUCUGCUCACAGAUUCCUGUGAUGUUCCUGGCAUUAACAUAUUUCCCUCUCCCGAUGAAGAAAUGAAUUGCUCCUUGAUGCCAGGUGCUCACAGCACAGGCGGCUCUUUACCUGAUCUGACAAACAUCCAGUUCCCUCCUCCCCUCCCGACCCCACUGGAUCCGGACGACCCUAUUACCUUUCCUACAUCCAGUUCCAGCAGUACCAGCAACCUGACCACCAAUCUGACCCACCUGGGGAUCAGUGCUGCCAGUCACGUUCCUCCCUCCCCUCCAGCCCAGCACACAGGCUCCGCCCCCUCACCCAGCCUCAGCCAACAGCAAACCACACCCACACUACCGCCUGCUGCCUCUCCUCAGAUACCACUUGCACAGCCGAUCACGAUGGACAGUCUGUUACUGGAGCAGCAGUUGUCUCAGUACUCGCUGCUGAGUUUACUGAACGACCUGCAGAAGCAGCCACACACCCUCCCUCAGAACAUCCGUCUCAUACGGCUCCCGCCCCUCACCGUAAGCUCCACCCCCAGCACCACCCAGACCUCUCUUGCCAGCCAAUCACCGACAACCACAGGUGGAACUGCCAACUCGUACCGCAGUCAGCCUGGCUCUUCAACAAAUCAGUCCCCAACAUCUCCAGUUUCCAAUCAGGGCUUCUCACCUGGUGGUUCACCCCAACAUAUUCAGGUGGUUGGCAGCAUCUUUGGAGAUUCGUUCUAUGAUCAGCAACUUCCCUCCAGACAGACCAAUUCCCUGUCAAACCAGCUGGAGCAGUUCAACAUGAACAUGAUGGAGAAUCCAGGAAGCACUAGUCCCUGUUCAACACUCAACUACACACAGGCCGCCAUGAUGGGUUUAACUGGGAGCCACAACAGUCAGCAGGACGCACAGCAGCUGAGCUACAGUAGCCAUGGCAACAUCCCCAACAUCAUUCUCACAGUGACGGGGGAGUCUCCUCCCAGUCUCUCCAAAGACCUCACCAGCUCAUUGGCCGGCGUUGGUGACGUCAGCUUUGAUGCGGACUCGCAGUUCCCAUUGGACGAACUGAAGAUCGACCCCUUGACACUGGACGGACUGCACAUGCUAAACGACCCAGACAUGGUUCUCGCCGACCCGGCCACCGAGGACACUUUCCGCAUGGAUCGACUGUAAACCUUUGAAUGCAAUUUUAAGCGAGACAUUUUUGCUGCAUGGCCUCUCUGUUCACCAUCUGGUCAGUGGCCGUCCCCCGACCUUCCCAUCUAACAGCAUGCUGCCAAACUACUCAUGGCCUGGGGCUGGUGGUGGCAGGCAGCUAGGGUUUGGGGAUGGGCUGGGGUGGAGGUGGAAGUGCCGUAUCCACAAUGGAUGGCUUCCAAUGCACAAUACCAUCCACCACCCACUCUCUUUAUACGCUCAACUUUAGUUAUCCGCGUUAGUUGUUAACGUCCAUUUUGCGUUCGUCUCAGUCUAUGUCGUGUCGUGUUUAUACUAUUCGUUUUACCAAUCACGCUGUUAUUGUGUUACGUUUCUAUAUAUUUACGUUUCCUUCAGUAUUUUAUGUAACGUUAAAGUGAAUUGCCAAAUUUCAUACAUAUGUUUGUUUGUUUACACAAUUUCGACCUGUUUAUUCAUGUGUGUGAAAUCAACAUUUAUUUAUAUCGUGUAUUUAUAAUAUUCUAAUUAUUUUUUUAUAAUUAUAGCUCUAAAUAUUAUUUAACCAUAUGUACGUAAGGAGCACUACUCCCCCAGAUUGUAUAUCAAGGGUUUUAAGGGAGCGUUGCUCGUUGUACACUGGAAGGCAUACGUUUGCUUUUACAAAAUGGCUUCCAUAGCGUUUUCGAUUUGCUAGCAUUUUGUAACAUCUCAAUGAUGUCACGAUUGGUGUUAUCAUAUUUAUUUUUAGCAUUUGCUAGCGAUUUUAUGAAAUUCUUGCAAAACGACAGCAGUCUCUCGAUUGAAUUCUACCAAGAUUUUGGUGUUUUUGUGGACUGUCAUGUGACUUUUCGCUAUGUUUUGCGUAUGUUAUUUAUUCAUAUUGAAGAUUCCAUUGCUGUAAUGUAUACGCUUCAACAUUGGUCAGUAAAGGUGACCCAAGAGCUGCUGCAGAAACCUGCUGAACACUACACUGUGAGAGGACCUGAUUUUGCCUUAUAUGAACAAAAUGCUGUUUUUAACUGUUGAUGUGUUUUUCUAAUUGUAUCCGAAGUGUUUUCCUCUCGAUCUUCUUGGUUUAACGAUGCCAUUUUGUUUAGUAUUGAACGCUGUAAAGUUUGUACUUGUACUGCCAAACAUAACCCGAGGUUCUGUUGUGAUGAUGAUGUCAUUCAUCUAGCUUGGGGAGAGUAAUGCUCCUUAUUCUGUGCUGUUCAAUGGGAGUUUGUGUUUGUCGUUCCUGUUAGUACGUUCAAGCCCUGCAUAAUGUUUUUUUGGAAUUAAGGAAUCACUCAUGUACAAUUCAAUGACAGUUACAAUCACUACACUCUCAGAAGUAAAGGUAUAAACCUGGUAACUUAAAAAAAAAAGGUUCACGUUUGUAGCUUGAGUACAUAUUAGUACCUAAAAAGUUCCAAAAAAUUACCAUUUACAUGUUUAGGAACUAAUAUUUAUUAAGUUAACCAAUGUAGACACUUUUUGCCUUUGCUUUGGAGAGUGUAUAUACAGUGAAGUCCAAAAUUAUGAGUUAACGCUGUAUUUAAAUUGUCCCUGCAUAUUGUACAGCAUUUAAGUAUCUUUGCAAGUAUGCAUCAACUUAUUCUGCUUACCCCAACCAAACAUUCUACUAUUCAGGGUUCCCAUUGGUCAAGUAAUUUUUGAAAUAUUAUAAAAUAUCUAUUCUUAGAUAUUAAAACGCAGUGCUUAUGAAUUUUUUUUUAUCUAAGUUAUGAAAAAUCAGACUUUUGUUUGACAUUUUAAAUUUUACCUCCUACCUAUCAAAAUUUCAGAUUAUUGCAGUUAAAAAUACCUGAUUUGGUGAAUUUUCUUAUAUCUUACAGCAAUAUUUAAAACAUUUUUUUUCUAUAAUUUUUCCAUAAUUAAUACCUGAUUUGGUGAAUUUUCUUAAAACUUACAGCAAUAUUUAAAGCAUGUUUUUGUCUAUAAUUUUCAAUCAUUUUUUUCUAUCAUUAAAAAUCUGAGAAUUUUAUUAUUUUAUUUUUUAAGUCAUGGAAUAUUAGAUUUUUGUUUGUUAUUUGAAAUUUUACCUCCCAUUUAUCAAAAUUUCAGAUUAUUGCAGGCAAAAAUACCAGAUUUGGUGAAUUUUCUUAAAACUUACAGCAAUAUUUGAAGCAUUUUUUUCUGACAUUAAAAAUCUGGGAAUUUUAUUUUUACAUUUUUUGUUCAAGUCAUGGAAUAUCAAAUUUUUUGCUUGUCGUUUUAAAUUUUACCUCCCAUUCUUGUUGGCCAAAAACGACUGAUUUAAUGUCAAAUUUACUCAAAAUUUACAGCAAUAUUUGCACCAUUUUGUUGCGUUGUUUUGCUGUAGAAAAUAUACAUAAAUCUACACAUUUUAGUUCAUUACUUUUUCGACCUCAAGAACCAUUGGUUCCUGUAAUUUAUAUAAAAGGAAUGCUUAGAAACAAAGAGAGAAAAGUGUCCAAAUCUUAAUCAUAAAAAGCUUUUUCAUAAAAAGCGUUUCAAAGCAGCUUAACAUUGAUAAAGUUCUAGUAAAUUAAAAUCUAGUACAGUUAAAUUAUCUUCAACAGCAUUAAAAAACAUGAUCAAAUUAACCUUUGAGUGAUCAGUACGAUGAAUGUAGCCCUCAAAUACAGUAAGUUUUGCCUGGAUUUGCAUUGCGUUAAUGACAUGGCCCAUCUUUAGCAAGUAACACACUGCCUUGCAUAUAAUGUUUAUAAUGUACAUAUAAUGCGAAUAUGUUUUAUAUAUAUAAAAUAAUGCAGAUGGCAUGGAAUGAAUUUGAACAGUGGCCCUCUUGGUCAAAAUAUAUCUGCGCUAAUUUAAAAAUCUCCAAAUUUCCAACAUUUCGAGCCAUUUGCACUAAUUCUGUCAGUACACAACAGCUGCUUCUUUUUCUAUUCAUUAUAAGUCAUGGAAAUGCUGUGUGUUUUGUUGUUAAGAGACUAUGGACUCGACAUUUGGUUUAGAGUGGGAACCCUGACUAAUACUGUAAAGAGAAUAAGUUGGCAUGUAAUUGCAAAGUUAGUUAUAAAGUUAACAAAAUGGGACAUAAAAUAAGCUAUAAACACAUAAUUAUGUACAUUGAACAAUAUGAUUGAACAUACAGUGAGUAUAAUAUAUCUUUGGAGUAAUAUAAAAAAUAUCUUGAGAUCUAUGUAUGUUUUAUGGGUGUACUCACACUGGGGUAUUUGGACAUGUUUAAGCUUUAGAGCAUAUCACGGUAACUGAUGAAAUACGGUAAAAAUGCAAAUUCCUCCUUCAAAAAAAAGAUAGUUCAUUCAAAACUGAAUAUUUUAUCAUCAUUUACUCACCAUUGAUUUGUUUCAGAUCGGUUUAUGUUUCUUUUUUUUUUUUUUUUGAACACAAAAUGAUAUAUUUUGACUAAAGCUGGAACCCUGUACCCACUGACUUCGAUUUUCUACUAUGGAAGUCAAUGGUUACCAGUUUUCAUCUUUUUUUGUCUCCAAAACAUCUUCUUUUGUGUUCAACAGAUUAAAGAAACUAGCUUUGGAACCACUUGAGUGCGAGUAAAAAAAUUUGAUUUGAUCUCUUUAGAUUUGCAGAUUGACAGCCAAUAUAGACGAUACAAAUAAAUUUAUCAAUUUUUUCUGCAUUAUUGUCGAAACAAAAGCCAAACAUAUACAGAGAACAACUGAUUUUUAACUUCAGAAAAGUUUGAAGUAAUCUCUGAACAUUAUUUUGUGUACUAUUAUUUCUAUGUCCAACUUUCUUUAUCUGAAUAAAAUAUACUGCCUGACCAAAAAUUUGCAUAAAUAAAGCAACCAAGUCGCUGAACAUAAGCCAAAAGUAAAAAUGAAAAUGAAAUUGCAGGAAGCAAAAAUAAUAGCUAAAUUAUCAGCUUAAAGCUAUCAGCUUAAUUUAAUAACUAUGACAUGGCCAAUGUCAAUAAGCCUGCCGAUAUAUAAAAGUGGCAGGCAGGAAAUGUGGAGUGCUUUAACCAGCAGAGAUAAUACCGAAAUAUUGGCUUAAUGAUAUUGGCUUCAUUUUGAUAUCAGACCGAUAACAAUGACAUUAAAAAUAUAGCAUUUAUCGGUCAAUGUCAAUAAGGAUGUCAAUAAAUAAAAGUGGAAUGCAGGAAAUGUAAAGUGAUUCAACCAGCAGAGAUAAUACCUAAAUUAUCGGGUUAAAAAUAUUGGUUUAAUUUUGUUAUCCAACCGAUAACAAUGACAUUAAACAAAGCAUUUAUCGGCCAAUGUCAAUAAGGCUGUCGAUAUAUAAAGGUGACACGCAGAAAAAGUGAAGUGAUUCAACCAGCAGAGAUAAUACCUAAAUUAUCGGCUUAAAGAUAUCAGUUAAUUUUGUUAUUGGACCGAUAACAAUGACAUUAAACAUAGCAUUUAUCGGUCAAUGUCAAUAAGGUUGUCGAUAUAUAAAAGCAUAGUGUCGGAAACGUGAAGUGGUUCAACAAGCAGAAAUAAUCCCAAAAUUAUCGGCUUAAAAAUAUCGGCUUAAUUUUGAUAUCGGACCGAUAACAAUGACAUUAAACAUUGCAUUUAUCGGUGAAUGUUAAUAAGGCCACUGAUAUGUAAAAGUGUGAGGCAGGAAACUCCUGGAGUGGUUAAACCAGCAGAGAUAAUACGUAAAUUAUCAGCUUAACGAUAUCAGUUUAAUUUUGAUAUCAGACUGAUAACAAUGACAUUAAAAAUAGCAUUUAUUGGUCAAUGUCAAUAAGGCUGCCGAUUUAUAAAAGCGUUGCGUAGGAAGCAUGAAGUGGUUCAACAAGCAGAAAUAACCCCUACAUUAUUGGCUUAAAGAUAUCGGUUUAAUUUUGUGAUCAGACCAAUAACAGAGACAUUAAAAUAGCAUUUAUUGGUCAAUGUCAAUUAGGCUGCCCAUAUGUAAAAGUGUCAGGCAGGAAAGACCUGGACUAGUUCAACCAGCAGAAAUAAUACCUAAAUUAUCGGCUUAAAGAUAUCGGCUUAAUUUUGUUAUCGGACCAAUAACAGUGAUAUUAAAAAUAGCAUUUAUCAGUCAAUGUCAAUAAGGCUGCCGAUAUGUAAAAGUGUCAGGCCUAGAGGGGAUCAACCAGCAAAGAUAAUAACUAAAUUAUCGGAUUAAUGAUAUCGGCUUAAUUUUGUUAUCGGACUGAUAACAAUGACAUUACACAUAGCAUUUUUUGGUCAAUGCCAGUAAAGCUGCCGUUAUGUAAAAGUGCCAGGCAGGAAACUCCUAGUGUGGAUCAACCAGCAAAGAUAAUAACUAAAUUAUUGGCUUAAUAUCGUCUUAAUUUUGUUAUCGGACCAAUAACAAUGACAUUAAACAUAGCUUUAUCUGUCAAUGUCAAUAGGGCUGCCGAUAUAUAAAAGUGUCCGGCAGGAAACUCCUAGAGGCAUUCAACCAGCAGAAAUAAUACCUAAGUUAUCGGCUUAAAGAUAUCGGCUUAAUUUUGCUAUCAAACCUAUAACAAUGACAUUCAAUAUAGCAUUUAUAGGUCAAUGUCAAUAAGGCUGCCGAUACAUAAAAGCAUCGCACAGAAAACAAGAAGUCUUCACACCAGCAAAUAUAACACCUAAAUUAUCUGCUUAAUGAUAUCGGCUUAAUUUUGAUAUCUAACCGAUAACGAUGACAUUAAAUUUAGCAUUUAUAAGCCAAUGUUAAUAAGGAUGCCAAUAUAUAAAAGUGCAGCAUAAUUAAUACUUAAUUAUCGACUUAAAGAUAUCGGCUUAAUUUUGCUAUCAAAUUUUGAUAUCGGACCGAUAACAAUGACAUUAAACAUUGCAUUUAUCAGUAAUUGUCAAUAAGGCUGCCGAUAUAUAAAAGUGUCAGGCAGGAAACUCCUAGAGGCGUUCAACCAGCAGAAAUAAUACCUAAAUUAUUGGCUUAAAGAUAUCGGCUUAAUUUUGCUAUCAAACCUAUAACAAUGACAUUAAACAUUGCAUUUAUAGGUCAAUGUCAAUAAGGCUGCCGAUACAUAAAAGCAUCGCACAGAAAACAAGAAGUUAAUUUUGCUUUCAAACCGAUAACAAUGACAUUAAACAUAGCAUUUAUCAGUCAAUGUCAAUAAGGCUGCCGAUAUAUCAUGCAUCCAAAGUAUUUCUGAAGUGAAAACCAGCAUGCUGCAUAAAUGAUAAAGACAGUCUAUUAAUAAAAUGUAUUUUUGUUUUCUUUAAAACCAAAAUUGCAUCAUAAAUGGUGCAAGCGUACUCCGAAUUGGUGAGUUAAAGUGCAAAAUAAAUAAAUAAACUCAACAACCAAAGCACUAUGGUGCAAAAAAACCCAGCACUAAAGCAACCCUGACUAGUGUGAGUAUGCCCUUAAACUGCUAUGAUUAUAUAGUUACAAAGGUAUUUCUAUUAGUCAUAUUUUUGGACCCCACUAUAUUAAAAUCAAAAAAAAAUUGUCUGCUAGCCAGAUGAAAUUCAGCCUGUACUUGACAUCAAACAAGACGUUUUUGCUUCAGCCAGAUAUAUUUUGGUAGUAACUCUUAAAACUGUGCAAAUCCGAUUUGUGAUUCCUAUGCAAACGAAAAGCAUUAAUCGACCAAUCACCUGAAGUAUUUCUGGCUGCAGACCAAUCGAAUUCUUAGGGCUGAGAAGCAAGGAUCGGUUCAGUGGAUAUUGUGUAGUUUAUUCGACAUAACCACAAUAAUCACUGUUUUAAUUUCUCAAACUCUCAUCCCAAAUGUAUCUUCUAUAGUUUUCAUGUUCACCAUCAGCGUAUUUCUCAAACACUUUUCCCCCCCUGAAAAUAGUGUACAUAAAGCUUAGCACAGGAAUAUGACGACUGCAUGUCAAAACGAGUAAAUACCUUUAGAACAAGGUCUCCGUUAGCUUUUUAUUUGGUACGAGGUCUUCAUUAGCUUGGCUAAAACAAAAAACAAAAAAAAGAUUCACUGCACAUAAAACAGUAUAGACCCCCAGACACAGUGCAUGUAUUAGUUAAUGCUAGUGGUGUCAUUUUACUGUCUGUGAUCAUGUUUAGAAACGGAAUAUAUUUAUGGGGCUCCGUAUUAGUGCAUUACACCAAAUGAUCUGCUUGAGAAUGCUUGACCAAAGCACCGAUCUGUUAUGUUGCUCUUUCUUUCUGGUCACAGUAGCAUUUCUGAUUUAUUUCCUCACGAUUGUAGCAUGUUUAAUAUGUUCGUUUGGGUCAUUCCCCCUCCUCAUGCUCACUGCAUCUUGGGUUUUCAUUUCAAAUCCUGUCAGAAAGAUAUGGCAGCUUUCAUACUGAUGUAUGUGCAUUUCUUCAGAAUCUUUGGCUUCAGAAACUUGGACUGUUUUACCUUACGAGGAUGCGUAUUUUUUCAACUGUACAUGCGUUUUUCUUCCCCGGUUUAUCGUGAUGGUGCGUUUUUUGUGUACUGUUCUCUGUACUGCACUGAUAAUUCAGAGGGAAAACAAUUCUGGAAGCGUAUAUGUGUGACUUCCCAAUGCAAACCGAAAAAAAAGGGCUCAGUCUGUUUGUUGCUUUAACGUGCGAAACAUUUGGAGAUGUGGGCAGACUGCACGUGUUUAUUGGUCAAAUAAUCUGUUGUUGAUUUAGCAUGCAGCCAAACUGCCUGUUCGGGGCGUUUCUGAAGCGGUUUUAGCUAACAGCACUUCUGUGUAUGUUGGAAUUGUUAACUGUUCUGGUUAUUUGUGUGAGCAAACCCCCUUUAGCGUAAAUUCCCCUUUAAGCCUUAAUAGAACUGCUGAGCAGUUAGUUACCAUGUCCGUACCAUUAAGACUAAUAAGGACGUAGUUGACUAAACGGGAUGUAUUUCUUAAUAAAAAAACAAAAAACAAAACAUAAUAGUAGUAGUGACCCAUAGGAUAGCUAGCGUUGAUCGAUAUAACACUCCUUCCUUUUAAUGAAACUGUUUUUUUUUUUUUUGAAAAUGCAAAUUUUA